ACAAAAUACCAAAAGAUAUGGAAGAGAAAAGAAAAUCGUUCGUUUAUCAAACAAAUGAUAUAUUGUUGUAUUUCUAGUUUAUUAUACCUCUAAAUUAAAUUUUGUAAUUGAAUUUGUUAAAAAGAACCAAUUUAUUUUAUUUCACCAGCAGUUUUAUGCGUCACAUCGACAGAAUCGAUUUGACUAUACGAUGAAGAUCCGAUGAUUAAUACUCGUUUCUCCAUUGUGUCAAAUUUGCGUAUGUUGUGUCUUGUCAUUUCUUUCUCAAGAAAGUGGGUGUUUUAACAACAUUUCGUUGAGCAACUACGCUGUUUAAUCAUUCAUUAAAUAGUAAUGUCUGCAUCUACGUGAAACACAGUCAUGGAGGGGUUACCCACGGGUGACAUCCAGGCUAAAUACCAAAAGUUGGCAACGGAAUAUUCGAAGUUGCGAGUUCACGUUAAAGUGUUGAAGAAGGGUGUGAUAGAUGAGCAAGCGAAGUCUAACGAGUUGAGGGAGAGUUUGAAGGAGAAGGAGAAAGCACUGAGGAAAGGGGAGUUGGAGAUAGAUUCGCUCACGUUCAGGAAUCAGCAGUUAACGCGGCGAGUUUCUGUGUUGCAAGAUGAGCUCGAGCUGUUACAGACAAAGUCUACAAAGAAGGCAAAGAGUAAAGAUGACAAGCCUGCCGCUACCAGCAGCGCCCCAGCACUGGACACUGGCAUACUGCAGGAAGAGCUACAGAAAAAGAUUAUGGAGAAUGCACAGUAUGCUUCACAGCUUUCAGACAAAGUAUUCGAGCUGUCCCAGCUCAAAGCUGCCCUGGACGAUUACCAGCGCCAUCUGAAUGAGAGUGACAGCCGAUACAAGUGCGAAGUGGCCAAGCUUCGGCACAGGAACCAGGAGCUUCAGCUAGCUUUGGAAGAGGCCCAGAGGGCGAGUGGAACGCCGAACAAACAGCCUAGCCAGCCUAGUUGUAAUGGAGACUUUUUGUCAGAAGGUGGUAGCUUGAUCGGCAGUGAAGACGCGCUCAGCUCUGUGGACGAGUUAAACGCUGUGGAGCAAAUUAGCGCAAAGGCGCAUGCUACCGAACAGGAAAACCAAAAACUCCGCAUGGAAUACGAGCUCCUUCAAAUGGAGAACGAAAGCCUAAAACUAGAAAUAAGCAAGCACGUAUCCGCCUCGCAAAGGCGGAGAGGGGACGGCCACGACUCCGGAGACUUCAACUUCUACUCGGAUACCUCAGUGGACGGAGAAGGCAGGGUCACCGGGCUGCUCGGGAGUGUGGAGGUGCCCUUCCUGCUGGGCCACGAGAUUCAGACCAGGGAGGAUAGGAUGAAGACGUACUUUAGGAAUAAGAUUAGCGAGCUGAAAGUUGAGAAUGAGCAGUUGAAGAGUAAGACUGAACAUUAUGUGAAAGAGUGUGAGAUGCUGAGGAUAAGAUUCGAAGAAAUGGAAAGAGACAGAGAGACGGACGCGCGGACCAUAGAAGACAAACAUAAAACUAUUAGUAGACUGGAAGAAGAGCUCCAUUCCACCUCCCACAACUACGAGGAGCAGAUGUCGGUGCUGACAGAGCACGUGGCCGGCCUCAACGAGCAGCUGGCGCGCCAGCACGACCAGAUCGACCAGCUCAAACACCAGAUGAGUAGGAGGAAAUAGAUCGAACCUUCUAGAACACUCUAGGAAAACUUUUGUCCAUCCUAGGAACAUUCUAGACCGCCCUAGGAAAACUUUUGUCCACCCUAGGAACAUUCUAGACCGCCUAGGAAAACUUUUGUCCAUCCUAGGAACAUUCUAGACCGCCUUAGGAAAACUUUUGUCCACCCUAGGAACAUUCAAGACCACCCUAGGAUGAACAAAAGAAGUACUAGUAGAACUUCUAUACCACUCUAGGAAAAUUCUAGAACCAUUUUGAGGCAAAUUUAGGGUUUUGUAACUUUCCCAACUGGUUUAUAACCUCAACUAUGAGGAACAGAUGUCGGUGCUGACAGAGCACGUGGCCGGCCUCAACGAGCAGCUGGCGCGCCAGCACUACCAGAUCGACCAGCUUAAACACCAGAUGAGUAGGACGAAAUAGAUCCAACAUUCUAGAACGUUCUAGGAAAACUUUUGUCCACCCUAGGAACAUUCUAGACCGCCUUAGGAAAACUUUUGUCCACCCUAGGAACAUUCUAGACCACUCUAGGAACCUUCAAGACCACCCGAGGAAAAUUUUAAGACCAUUUUGAGGCAUUUUUAGGGUUUUCUCCUGAUUUUUCCUUAUCUUGCCUGAGGCAGUUUUGUAACUUUCCCAACUGGUUUAUAACCUCAACUAUGAGGGACAGAUGUCGGUGCUGAUAGAGCACGUGGCCGGCCUCAACGAGCAGCUGGCGCGCCAGCACGACCAGAUCGACCAGCUUAAACACCAGAUGAGUAGGAAGAAAUAGAUCGAACAUUCUAGAACACCGUAAGAAACUUCUAGACCUCCCUAGAAAAAAAACCUGGGCCGGCCAGUUCAAACACUAGAUGAGUAGGAGGAAAUAGAUCGGAACAUUCUAGACCGCCCUACGAAAACUUUUGUCCACCCUAGGAAUAUUCUAGACCACCCUAGAAAACUUCAAGACCGCCCGAGGAAAAUUCUAGGACCAUUUUGAGGCAUUAGGGUUUUCUCCUGAUUUUUCCUUAUCUUGCCUGAGGCAGUUUUGUAACUUUCCCAACUGGUUUAUAACCUCAACU